UCGACACGGAAGUGGGUUAAAUGGGUCGCGUUUUUUUCUCAUUCAUUUCUCUCAGGUGUUAGUGGGGUUUACCGCUUUUAGGGAGAGACGGUUAAUUAAUAUUAUACAUGUUAAGCAGUUUCUCCUGGACGCUAAAGCACUGUUUUGAAAAGUGGAGAUUGUUAAGACGUAUAAACAAAGGGGGAAGACAGGAGUUAAAGCCUGGCAGUAAUGACGGAGAAAGGCUGCAAUCCGGUGGCCCGGACGGUACUGCAGCAGUGUUUGCAGGCCAGGCUGCAGGUGAAACCAGCCGAUGAACACUCCGAAGCGCAGUUUGUCCAGAUUGAAAGAGGGAUGGUGAUCUACAUCUGCUUCUUCAAAGGAGCCACAGAUGACGUCCUACCCAAGAUGGUGUCCACGCUGUUGAACCUGCGGCUGAGCGAGUCGGAUUCUGGGAAGAUGGUGUCAGUGUUGGACCUUCCCGGGAGUUUGCUGAUUGUCCCUCAGGCCACGCUGGGAGGAAAGGCCAAAGGCAGAGGCAUGCAGUACCACAACAACAUCAGCAAGGAGGAUGGGCUGCGACUCUACAGCGCAUUCGUUGCUCUGUGUGAGAAGGAGCUGAAUGCUGCUGUAGCUGAGAGCAGCGGACAGCAGAUGAAGAAAGAAUCGAAUAUCUUUGCCACCAAGCAACAGUGA